AUGCCUACAUUAUGGCUCUCAGACAGCCAGAAAAUCGGCGUAGCCUUCUGCACAGGUGGCGGCUUCUUCCUCCUCUUCGGCCUAAUCCUGCUCUUCGACCGCGCCCUCCUCGCCAUGGGCGACAUCCUCUUCCUAAUCGGCAUAACCCUCCUUCUCGGGCCCAGUCGAACCUUCCUCUUCUUCGCGCGAAAACAGAAAUGGCGAGGGACCGCGGCCUUCUGGGCUGGGAUUGGGCUCAUUUUGGUGCGGUGGCCGUUCGUGGGGUUUGUCGUGCAGUGCUAUGGGAUGUUUAUAUUGUUUGGGGAGUUCUUCAAGACGAUUGCUGGGUUUGCAUAUAAUGUGCCGGUGGUGGGGCCUUAUCUUGCGAGGGCGUUGAGUGUGGCGGGUGAUAAGGCCGGGGCGGAGGAGAGGGCGCAUAAGGAUUUGCCGGUGUGA